CUCCGUUCUGCAUAUUUGUUUACGUCGAGUACAGCGGAACUGAGCAACAUCGUGGUUUUAGACAUAAUUCAGUGGGAAAAUGUAGAGGAAAUGUUCAUUACCUUUGAAAUAUGGUGAUUUGAUACCAUCUGUAUUGGCAAAUAUUCGCGACAAUGUGUGACAACUCGUCAAGGCAAUACAGUCGUUAAUAUGAAUACUUCUGCAGAUGUUUUUAAGGUUGUAUUGGGGUUAUGCUACUUUUAAGAUCUUAAAUAUCCAGCCCAUGCAGAAGACGGUAAAAUACAUAAAAAAAUAGGAAUCUCUGACCGGUUAAAAGUAUAUUAGACUUGUCAUAAUAAAAUAAAAUGGGGCACUCACUAUUGGAUGUCCUCCAUCGGAGUGGAAAUUUUAUUGUGGUUAAUAAGGAUUGUGACUGUCUCAUAAACAGCGAUGAUCCUGAGAAGUUGGAUACUGUAGCCCACAAGCUGAGUAACACAUUUCCAACACUGUCCAACCCAAAAUUGUUUCAUUCAUUUUAUUUUGUCCAUCGACUUGACUAUUCAUGCAGUGGUGCAUUGUGUGUUGCUCUUAAUAAGGCAGCAUGCGCAGCAGCAAGCCGAGCAUUUGUUACUCAGAAAACUGUAAAGUACUACUUAGCACUUGUGCGAGGACACUUAAAAGACAGUGUAAUGGACAUUUCCAUCCCAGUUGGAAAAGACUGCAGAGAGCAAGGCAGUGGUACAAGUAAUCGAAUGUGUGUGGAGGGACCCCAUUGCAUGGAGCCUAAGGAUUCUCAUACUAGAAUGCUAGUGCUAGACCGUGGUUUAUACUGUGGAGAUCCGGCAACAAAAUUACUUUUGCGGCUGUAUACUGGUAGGAGACACCAGUUAAGAGUCCACUGCUCACACAUUGGGCAUACAAUCAUCGGAGAUUAUACAUACAGUAACAGGACUGAUUUAUCUCCUCCUAGAAUGUAUCUUCAUUCUUUUCGGUUGGUGAUUCCCAAUAAAGUAGAAUGCUUGGAAAUUCAAACAUCAGACCCAUUCACUGAAGAGCAGCUGGAUGGCAAAUGGGUUGUUCAAGAAAAUAUUCAUCCUCUGAAUGAAGACACAUACCAUCUUAUUGAGACUUGGUCAGGAAAAAGAGAUGACAGUGUCAGUUAAAAUUAAACCAAAUCUUUUGCUUUUGAUUUUCACCCUAACAGGAUAUUUUUAAAGUUACUUUUAAACAAAUUUUAGGACAACAUGCAAACAAUUUAUCAAUGAAGUGAACUUCAUUAAAUAUCUCUAUAUGUAGUUUCAAAACAAUCUAUGUUAAAAAAUUAACUUCUGAUUUUUGUUUUUCUAGACAUUUGUUUCAAGACAACUAUAGAGCAGACUGUGCAAUAAAAACAUGAACACAGACAAAAUGUGGAUUUUUUUGGUGAUUAUCACUUAAGGAAACUUUCUUCAAGACCCCAUGAGUUAUAUAAUAAUUAAGUCUUAUUUAUAAUAGUAAUACAAUUGUAACAAGUAAAGGUGCAAAAGAAGUACC